AUGCCUACCGCUUGGAUCCGUCUAGACAACCGGCGGAAUGUCGUUUUUGGCCGUGCUCUUCUUGAUUCAGGUUGCCAACACACCCUCAUCACCCGAGAUUGGGCCACCAAGCUUCGUCUGCGCAUUCACCCCGAAGCUAUUCAACUUCGCACCUUGAGUAACGCGGAUCAGUUUCGCAUCCAAGGGUACGCAUACGUCACUCUCUGUCACCGAGGGGAUCCCCCAAAUCUAAUCAUUAAAGCCUACGUUCUUGACGGCCAUCUAGACCCUCUUCCUGUCCAAGCGUUCAAUGGCCGAUGGUCUGAGUUUCGGCAAUUCAACCUAGCUGAUCCACUCUUCUAUCUUCCUCGCAUCAUAGGGAUGUUGAUUGGUUCGGAUGUGCUCCCUCAUCUAAUUCUUCCUGGCACGUUGCGCCCAUCGUCUGAACUUCCAGGGGCAUUGUCUACCACCUUAGGUUGGGUGCUCUAUGGGCCCUAUGCUCGUUAUCGCAAGAGAACAAAACAUGUUUCCUUCUCACCUGACAUUGUCAAUGGUUUCACUCGACAUCCUAAAAGUACCCAUCAGGCCCUCCAACAACACACCUCUUCAUCAUCUUCUGCAGGGUUAUCACCUGCUGUUCCUCCUUCGUCACUUACGCAGCCUGAUUCUCCUCUAUCAGUGAUCACCUGCCAUUCCUCUUCUGACAAACCUAAGUCUUCUGAUGCAUCUCCCAAACUCUCACCAUCUGACGUGAUAAAAUCUCAUGUCGUUACCGAUCUUCAGACCACGAACAUGAGCCCCUCGCAUCAUUCAGACCAGGAGCUUGUCCACCUCGUUCGUCGCUUUUGGGAACUCGACAAGGUACCUGAAGUGCUUCCUUUAACUCCUGCAGAGAAAGAAUGUGAAAUGCUGUAUCGCGCUGAUGUAACUCGUGACUCCAACGGAAGAUACACCGUUGGUUUACCCUUGUCAUCUUCUCGGCUGGGUACCUCCGUCAACGUGGCGACUAGGCAGUUUAUUCGGUUGGAACAUCGUCUAGACAAUAACCCUGCUCUUCGUGUCGCCUAUCAUGAGUUCAUGCGUGAUUAUCUCGAAAGUGGACACAUGGAAUUGGUUCCUGAAUCUUCUGAUUGUCCGCGAUAUGAACCAUAUUACAUCCCUCAUCAUCCUGUACAUCGCCCUGACGACCCUCCUACUAAAAUUCGAGUGGUUUUCAACGCCUCUUGCGCAUCUGCUAAUGGCAAAUCCCUCAACGAUCUUCUUCUUACUGGCCCGAAACUGCAAGCGGAUAUUUUCACUCUUCUGCUUCGCUUUCGUCUACAUCGAUAUGUCUUCACUGCCGAUAUCAGACAGAUGUAUCGACAGAUCUUGAUAAGCCCUGAGCAAAGGGAUUAUCAACGCAUAGUCUGGCGUUUCACCAAACAGGAACCUCUCCAAUAUUAUCGCCUUAACACCGUCACUUAUGGAGUUUCUUCAGCUCCCUAUUUGGCACUUAGGACCCUCCGACAGCUAGCUUCAGACGACGGACCCAAGUUUCCUGCUGCUAGGCAGGUUUUGCUAGAUGAAAUUUAUGUCGAUGACAUCUUAACAGGUUGUUCGUCCGAGGCUGAAGCUCUUGAGUUGCGUCAACAAGUUCAGGAUCUGCUCAUGGCGGGCGGUUUUGAGCUACGCAAAUGGGCUACUAAUCAUCUUCCUCUUUUGGAUGGUAUUCCUUCUGAUCAUCGUAGAGAAUCCUCCUCCAUUGACCCCCUUCUUCUCGACCGUGAACCGAGUCUCAAGAUUUUGGGACUUGGAUGGAAUCCAGCAUCUGAUCACUUCUUCUACUCUGUUCGUUUGACCUCAACAGCAAUCACCAAGCGGUCUGUGUUGAGUCAGAUGGCCAGAAUCUUCGAUCCCUUGGGAUGGUUAGCUCCUGUUACCUUCUAUGCGAAGAUUUUCUUCCGUCAGCUCUGCUUACUCCAUCUGGAAUGGGACCAACCUCUUUCCAGUGAGGUUCAGCCCCCAUGGUUGCAGUUUCAAUCCCAGCUCCCCACUUUGACGGAGCUUCACAUACCACGAUUCAUCUCAGCCAUUUCUUCUUCUGCUCAUCGGCUGAUCGGCUUCUGUGAUGCCUCUGAAUCUGGCUACGCUGCAGUAGUUUAUCUCCGCACUUUCGCAUCUUCUGGACAUUACCAUGUGUCUCUCCUGGCGGCCAAGUCCAAAAUUGCCCCUUGCAAGGCUACAACCCUGCCGCGCUUGGAACUGUGCGGUGCCCAUCUUCUCGCCAAGCUCAUGCAUCACCUGUCAUCUCGUGUUUUGCAGCAUCUCACUACUGAAUGCAUCGCCUUCUGCGAUUCUUCUGUAGCCUUGUCGUGGAUUCGUGGUGAGAGUCACAGGUGGAAGACAUUUGUUGGCAAUCGAGUCGCUGAGAUCCAGGAUCUGAUUCCCUCAAAUCACUGGAGGCAUGUGGUGUCUGAAGACAACCCAGCUGAUUGUGCCUCUCGAGGAUUGAUGCCUGCAGACAUUCAUCAUCACCCAUUGUGGUGGCGUGGUCCUCACUGGUUGUCUCUCGAUUCCUCUCUAUGGCCCCUGUCCUCUGUUGAUUCAUCUCAAAUUGAUCAAGUGGACGAAGAAGCCAAGCCGCUCUCCGCUUUAGUGUUGACGGUUGUCUCCGGUGAACCCACCAUGAUUGACCGUUUUUCUUCGUAUCUUCGACUCAAGCGCGUCAUUGCCUUUUGUCGACGUUUCAUACUGAAUGCUCGUGGUUCAGCUUUACCUCGCACAGGUUUUCUCACCUCUGUUGAGCUUCAGGAAGCAGAGAUCUGCUUAAUACGUCUGGUUCAAUCUGUUCAUUUUGCCGAGGAGCUGGCUGAGCUGCAGAAACCAUCUUCUCGUCAUCGACUCAUCAUGAAACUUCACCUUUUUUGCGAUGAGUAUGGACUUGUUCGAGUUGGAGGUCGCCUUUCAGCCUCUUUAUUACCAUAUCGACACAAACAUCCUGUUCUUCUACCGAAGGACAAUCAUCUCACUCAUCUGAUAAUCGAUGAUGCCCAUUAUCGUCUUCUGCACGCCGGUGCUUUAGCUACUCAUUCGUACAUUCGUCGACGGUACUGGAUAUUGGACGGACGUAAUGUAGUACGCCAUCGUCUGCGCAAGUGCAACCGAUGCUUUUCUUGCAAGCCCCGUCCUCUAAUACAGCCAAUGGGCAAUCUUCCACCAGAGCGGCUAUCAUCUGCUGUGGCUUUUCUAACUACUGGUGUCGACUACGCCGGCCCAUUUUAUGUGACGAGUGCACGACUACGCGGAGCCGUUAGCACGAAGGCAUAUCUGGUUGUCUUCAUCUGCUUCUCUACUAAAGCAGUUCAUCUAGAAUUGGCAUCUGAGCUGUCAACUCCAGCGUUCAUCGCUGCUUAUCGGCGCUUUGUUGCACGCCGAGGUCAUCCUUCCGUCAUCUUUUCGGAUAACGGGACCAACUUUGUUGGUGCUCAUAACUACCUUCGUGACCUUGGUCGCUUACUGUCUGCUCCACAACAUCAGCAGAGUCUUUGUGAUGCCGCCUCGUCGUCCGGAACUGACUGGCGAUUCAUACCCCCUUCCAGUCCUCACUUUGGCGGCCUGUGGGAGGCCGCUGUAAAAUCUGCUAAACAUCAUCUUACUCGCGUUAUUAGCCAGCAGAAACUCACUUACGAGGAGUUUCUCACCGUCUGCACUCAGGUUGAAGCCAUCCUCAACUCUCGUCCUCUGUAUCUUCCAUCAUCUGAUCCUUCUGAUUUUGAGGCCCUUACACCAGGGCAUUUCUUGGUUUUCCGGUCCCUAACAGCUCCUCCUGACAACGAUGUCAGUUCUGUGUCUGUGAACCGGUUAUCUCGUUGGCAACUAGUCCAGCGAUUUCAGCAGGACUUCUGGAAGCGUUGGCGUCAGGAAUACUUGCAUACCUUGCAGCAACGUCACAAGUGGUUGCAACCAUCUACCCCCAUUCUUCCAGGUACUGUAGUCGUCAUUCGAGAUGAUAAUCUUCCUCCUCUGAAAUGGAGUAUCGGUCGUAUAUCAUCUGUUUUUCCUGGAACUGACUCCACCACUCGUGUAGCUGAUGUUACUACUUCCUCUGGGAUAAUUCGACGACCAGUCGUCAAGCUGUGUCCUCUUCCAAGUCAAUAG